AAGGGAGCAAUAAAAUCUCUUCUCCUUCUCCAUUUCGCUCAAACCCUCGUCCCUCAUUCCUUCUCUCCCAUCGAGAUCGAGAUCGGGAUCGAUCCAUGGCGAUGAUGAGUUCAUGAGCCAUGGCCUUGAUCGUCGCCUCGUCUUUGCGUUUGCCCUAGCCACUGCUCUCCUCGCCCUCCCCUCUGAUCCUCCUCCUCCUCCUCCUCUGUCUUCGCCGAGCUCCAACGCCAGCUAUCCAAUUGGUGAUUCUUUUGCUAAGAUCUCGCGUGUUCCCAUGUCGAAGGCCAGGGUUUAUGCCGAUGUCAAUGUCCUCCGUCCCAAGGAGUACUGGGAUUACGAGUCGCUCACCUUGCAGUGGGGUGAGCAGGAUGAUUAUGAGGUUGUGCGAAAAGUUGGAAGAGGGAAAUAUAGUGAGGUAUUUGAAGGUGUAAAUGUCUCCAACAAUGAACGAUGCAUCAUCAAAAUCCUUAAGCCUGUGAAGAAAAAAAAGAUAAAGAGGGAAAUAAAAAUACUUCAGAAUCUUUGUGGAGGUCCUAAUAUCGUGAAGCUGCUUGACAUUGUCAGAGAUCAACAUUCUAAAACUCCCAGCCUGAUAUUUGAAUUUGUGAACAGCACAGAUUUCAAAGUUCUAUAUCCCACACUGACUGAUUAUGACAUUCGAUACUACAUAUAUGAGCUUCUCAAGGCACUUGAUUACUGUCAUUCACAAGGGAUCAUGCAUCGAGAUGUCAAACCCCACAAUGUAAUGAUAGAUCAUGAGCUUCGGAAACUUCGCUUGAUUGAUUGGGGGCUCGCUGAGUUUUAUCAUCCAGGGAAGGAAUAUAAUGUUCGUGUAGCAUCAAGAUAUUUCAAGGGGCCUGAACUCUUGGUUGAUCUGCAAGAUUAUGACUAUUCCUUGGACAUGUGGAGUCUUGGCUGCAUGUUUGCUGGUAUGAUUUUUCGGAAAGAACCCUUCUUCUAUGGUCAUGACAACCAUGAUCAACUUGUUAAAAUUGCAAAGGUGCUUGGAACAGAUGAACUGAAUGCAUACUUGAACAAGUAUCGCUUGGAGCUUGAUCCCCAACUUGAUGCCCUAGUUGGAAGGCACAGUAGGAAACCUUGGUCUAAAUUCAUAAAUGCAGACAACCAACAUCUUGUUUCUCCUGAGGCAAUAGAUUUCCUUGAUAAGCUUCUUCGCUACGAUCACCAGGACAGACUUACUGCCAGGGAAGCAAUGGCACACCCUUAUUUCCAACAAGUCAGAGCUGCAGAAAACAGCAGGAUGCGAACCCAAUAAAAGAAUUAUGUCAUACUUCCAAUUUGUGUUUGAUUGACUCUGCAAGCAAAGGAUUAUGAUCUUCUCUAGCCAUUUGAUCAUCAAAUAUUAUAAUGCUACAGACGUGUGUGUUCUUAAAGUGUUGUCAUGUUCUUCUUUAGUUUAAACUGCUGGUUACCGCCUGUUAAUGAUUAAAAACCCUUUGUGUAUAAUGCUACAGUCUGUCUACCUUAUAUUUAUUCUCUUAUUUGUGUGUAAGGUUGGCUUAAAGUAUAUAACACACUUUGUAAAAUAUAGAUCGAUGGGGUAUAAUAAUAUUAUAAAACUCAUACCAAAUA